GUCGGUGGUAAUGGAGGCAAACGCGCUGUUCCGCCUUCCGCGCUGCUCAUCAACUUCGCGCGUAGCAACUUCCUCCCGCUUGGUAAUGCGAUGCUUGCCUGCUUAAAAAGAGUGCCGUUUCCCUAAUGGUGCAGCAGCUGGUGGGCUUCUGUACUCCAUGACCCAAUUCGGGCACAAUUGACAAUGGUUCAAUGCAUCUAUUAGCUCCAAAUCCCAAAUAGCCUUUGUAUCUCAUCCUGAAAUUUUACUGUAGACAGCAGAAAUAUAGUGGAGCAGCGACAGAUGGGUUUGUUUCUGAAAUGCAGAAAGUUUUGGUGUAAAUCAAGGAUGAUCUGAUGUUAAAUGACUGAAGUUGCUCUAUAGAGAUUAUUAUGCCUAUACUUGAUUUUCAGUUUAUUGCUAUGUAGUUGACAAAAGCAUGCAAAUGUCUCCGGUUUUGAAUUUACGUGGACUGAUUUGCAUCUUUCCCAUUGUUAAGCUCUCAUUAGUGGGGUCAUACUCGGUCUCCUAGAUCCUACUCUUGGAUGCCUUGCUCACGAAUACUCCCUGUCGAAGUUCAGCACUUUUGGGAUAUUCGUUAUGUCAGGACUGACCCUGCGAACUAAGGAGCUUGGUACAGCAUUAGAAGCUUGGCCUGCUGCAUUAUAUGGACUAGGAUCUAUUUUGCUGCUUACACCCUUUGUUUCUCAAUUUAUCAUGCAAGUUCAGUUCUUCCCUCGUGAAUUUAUCACUGGAUUAGCUAUAUUUUGCUGCAUGCCAACAACAUUAUCAAGUGGAGUCAUACUAACACAGCUUGUUGGUGGUAAUUCUGCACUAGCUCUUGCAAUGACAGUUUCAUCCAAUUUACUUGGCAUUAUAAUUGUACCUCUUUCUCUUGCAAGAUACAUUGGCACUGGAGCUGGUGUGUCUUUGCCUACUGAGAAGUUAUUUAGAAGUCUGGUCACCAGACUUCUAAUCCCUCUUAUUAUAGGGAAGGUUGCUCGAGAAGCCUCAAAAGGUAUUGCUGAUUUUGUUGAUAGAAACCAACAAGGAUUUUCAGUUGGAAAUGCAGUUCUUCUCAGCCUAGUCCCAUGGAUUCAAAUAAGUAGAUCAAGAUCACUAAUCUUAUCUGUUCAAGUGGAAGCUUUUGCUGCUGCUAUUACUGUUGGAGUGCUUAUACAUCUUGCACUGUUGGCUUUCAACAUUGCAAUGUUGCAUAUCUUGUCACGUCUUGGAAAGAAAGGGGAUUCAGUCUUUGCAAAGAAAGAGUACACACGAGCUGUCAUUUUGGUGUCCAGUCAGAAAACAUUGCCAGUGAUGAUAACUGUGGUUGAGCAGCUUGGAGGAGCCCUCGGGGAGUCGGGACUUCUAGUCAUCCCUUGUGUUUUUGCACACAUUAACCAGAUCAUUGUCGAUUCUAUCAUAGUAAAUUGGUGGCGCAGGAGGGAUCAACAAAAUAAGUAAUCCAAAGUAACUCCUUAAUUCAAUUUUGGCAUGCAAAACAGAGAAUUAGUCAGGAAUUGCUGACUGCAAAGCUGAUUUUGUGAAGAUGUAAUUGUACUUGUCGUCCAGCAAGUUCAGUAAUGGAAGAAUUGCUGACUGCAAGGCUGAUCUCGUGGAGAUCAUUAUACGUCUUGACUUCAAAGCAGGAACUGUUGUAGUGGAUGUUAUGUUUCCCUUCACUUCUAAAACUGAGAUGUUAUAUUUUGUUCGGAUGUAACCCAUUCAAGAGGCUGUUUGAGAGCAUGAUCCCGAAGGGGAAGGGAAAAGAAAAAGACAUGGAAGGAACAAGUAUGACUGGGUGGCGGCAGCUUACUUUUUCUUGUUUUGGUCCUUUUGGAUGACUGGUGUGAGGUGAGGGAUAAAUACUAAGCAUUCAUUUGCCUAUUUGGGGUCCGAUGACACUGUCAGCCGCUGAUACGUGCUGCCCUCACAGAGAGGUAGUUGUAGGGUCUGUUUGGUACAACUCACAAUAGCUUUAUGAGCUGUUGUGAGCUGUUUUUUUUUUGCCAAACACUUAUUUCUAAACCAGCUUUAUA